UUUAUCUCUAUCGAUAUUCUAAGGCAAAAUGUUUAGUACUAUUCCUGUCCGCAUUUAUUUUCUGUAGUCGCACUUGAAAAAAAUACUCUGUGUAAAGUCUACGUGACUGGUGAUAGUGAUGUGCCACGAAAUUCAACAAUUUUUAUUGGCAUUUCGCCAUAUUUUGCUGAUAUUAUUCUGUUUGACGUAAGAGCCUACAAAAUUUUCGAGUGCACUUGAAGAAAAACACAGUUUAUUUACAUGUAACAUGUUUUCAUUGAAUUCUAUAAACACCCAAAACCAGGUCCUAGUUAGUUUAAACCAAUUGUCGUCUCGUUACGCGAGUCUAUUCAAACAAAGAAAGCAGCGCGGUGAGAAAACCAACCAUGUGAAGAGAAAGGAGGCUUCGUAUGACGCAACAAUAUGCCAAGAAAGCCUGAGCGAAUGUCUUCGGAACUUCGAAAAAGAUGUACUGAAAGAGAUGAGGCAGGUGGACCUCCGCGCCGUCACCCUGAGCCGCGCGCGGCCGAGCGGUCUCACCUCAGCGAAAAAGGUUUCAUUCAUUUCCGAAGACUCCUUUGAAAAAAACAAAAAUGGUUGGAGUUCAACGCCAACAGUCACUGUGGAUGUCAGACGGGGUCACUUCAAUGUGACCGAGAACUUUGUCGGUCUGCUGGCGAGCAGCCUGCGCCAGAAUAGCUUCAAGUUCAACGUGCAGGUGCGAGGGUUCAAGACAGAGCGAGGGGUUGACGCUGAUCUCAAGAGGAACCCUAAUCUUAUUAAUAGACUGCGUAAGUCCUUGGGUCUGAACCUAGUGGAUAAUCCGUCCAACAAGCCCGGCUCCGGGCCUGAGGUGGCUCCGCGUCUCGACAAGCUGCUGAGCGAAGACUCCCCACUCACGCAUGAACAGAAGGAUAAGAUCAAGAUCGCCUUUGCUGAGGGGUAUUUGGCUGGCUCGCACCCGGACAACGCGCGCGGCACGAAGGCCUCUAAGUACCUGAAGGUGGUGCAGCAGCUGCUCACCAUCGUGCUGUUCCUCGCCAUCUUCGUCAGCCUCAUGGCCUCCGUCAGCGGGACCGUCUUCAGCAGGAUCCAGCUGGGCAACCAGGUGGAGGUGGACCCCGAGGACAUCUCCGUCACCUUCGAUGAUGUGAAGGGAGCUGAUGAAGCCAAGCAGGAGCUGAAGGAUGUGGUGGAAUUCCUAAAAUCCCCCGAGAAGUUCUCCUCCCUAGGGGGCAAACUGCCCAAGGGGGUGCUGCUAGUGGGGCCUCCGGGGACGGGCAAGACGCUACUGGCUCGCGCGGUGGCGGGCGAGGCGCGCGUGCCGUUCUUCCACGCCGCCGGGCCCGAGUUCGACGAGAUCCUGGUGGGGCAGGGCGCCAGGCGCGUAAGGGAUUUGUUCAAAGCAGCCAAGGAGCGCGCCCCGUGCGUGAUAUUCAUCGACGAGAUAGACUCGGUGGGCGCCAAGCGGACCAACAGCGUUCUACACCCGUACGCCAACCAGACAAUAAACCAGCUGCUCUCGGAAAUGGACGGUUUCCACCAGAACGAGGGGGUGAUAGUGCUGGGAGCCACCAACCGACGCGAGGACCUGGACCAAGCCUUGUUGAGGCCCGGCCGGUUUGAUGUGGAGGUGAACGUGCCCACGCCGGACUACGAGGGGCGGCUGGAGAUCCUGCAGAUGUACCUGAGCAGGGUGGCCGCGUCGCCUGAGGUGCAACCGGCGGUGCUAGCGCGCGGUACAACCGGGUUCACGGGAGCUGACCUCGAGAACAUGGUCAAUCAGGCCGCGCUCAAGGCAGCAAUAGACGGCGCCAAGACCGUCACCAUGAAGUACCUCGAGCACGCUCGGGACAAGGUGCUGAUGGGCCCGGAGCGGCGUGCGCGCCUGCCCGACGAGGAGGCCAACGCCAUCACCGCCUACCACGAGGCGGGGCACGCCGCCGUCGCAUACUACACUAAGGACUCCCAUCCCCUGCACAAGGUGACCAUCAUGCCGCGCGGGUCGUCGCUCGGUCACACGGCGUACAUACCCUCCAAGGAAAGGUACCACGUGACGAAGCAGCAGCUGCUGGCGAUGAUGGACUCCAUGAUGGGCGGGCGCGCCGCCGAGGAGCUGGUCUUCGGGCCCGACAAGAUCACCUCAGGCGCCUCCUCCGACCUCACCCAAGCCACGUCCAUAGCUCAACAGAUGGUCUCAGUCUGGGGCAUGUCCGACGCGGUAGGGCUUCGCACGCACCCGCCCGCCGCCGCGCCGCCCGCGCCCGCCACCACCGAGCUGAUGGACAAAGAGAUCAAGAAGAUCCUGUCGGAGAGCUACGAGCGAGCCAAGGCGAUCCUGCGCGCGCACGCCAAGGAACACCGAGCGCUGGCUGAAGCACUGCUCAAAUACGAGACCCUAGACGCGGAUGACAUAAAGGCUAUUAUGUCCGGAUCCACCAUACGACCAGACAAGGUUGGCAAGGAGCCAGUGCGAGAGAGCAAGGACAGCAAGGAGCCCUCCCCCCCGGGCCUCAUGCCGCACCCCGCGCCCGCCUAGCCGUAGACAAUCCUGCAGUCAAAGGCCAACAAUGUAGAACUAAACACAUGCGUUGCGAAUGUGCAAACACACUGACAAACACUAUUAUAUACAGAGUGUUGCAAAAAGGGUAGAGUUAACCUGAAACAGGUCGUAGUGUAACCAAAAAUGUGUUAAUCACAAAUUUAUUGAUGAGCAAAUAAUAAUAAAAAUAUAAAUUAGCAGCAGCCUCUAAAGACACCUUUGCAAAUCUUGAUGUAAUUUUUUUGCAAUUAGGUAUAAAAAAAUAUAAAAAUACGAGAGCGAAAGUUCAAUGGGGCUUAUUUUUGAUUGCCAAACCCUUUUUGCAUCCUAAAGCAUAGAUAUAAUAUUACUUCGCAUAUAAUAUCAUAUCGACAAUCUCCCACUUUGGGGUAAGCCAAAAAAUAUUGAAAGGAAAUGCCUGUAAAAUGCUUAGCAACACUAUAUUAUGGUGUAUACUUUGUGAAUACAAAAUGUACAAAUAUUCUGACAGUGUCACAGAAAAUUUUGAAGGCACUUAACCUACCUACGUCAUUUAAUUUGUCCAAACUUAUUAAAAAUUUAACCUAAUCUGCAAUCAUCAUCGCUUAGCAUUGCCACUGUAGUAGUUAUCUUUACUAUUAAACUUAUUAAUUUAAAACGGUAACUGUGGUUAUAACUCGUAGAUAGUUUGUUCUGAUACAGAGGAUAUUUUCAGUAAAAAAAAAUACACUUUCAAACGUCACAGACGUUUUAAUUCGUAUUAUAUUUAACUGAAGCAGUCCCCGCUACACUGUUCUGUUAUCGACGGCGAUAAACUCCUUCUUUGCACGUUCAACCAAUCACAGUGCAGAAUUUAUCGCGAAUCGUGAGUUACAUUUAUCUACGUGGACAAUGGGCCCGUGUAGCGGGGACUGUUAAGAAUUAAAGAUUGUGUCUGUUCAAUUUCUUCUACGAUUAUUUAUAUGUAAACCAUCUCGGUUAGUUUUUAAUCGUCCGGUUAUUUAUUUAUUCGCUAUAAAUAAUUAAAAAAAAACGAAUGUUAUGUGUCUGCUUUAAAUUUAUCGAUGAGAACUAUCGAAAUAUAAAAUGUAUAAAACAAAACGGUGGAUUUUGAGGUUUAUUAAGGCCUGCAGAUAAAAAAAACAACAUGAAAUGGCGUAGACACAUAUUAUCUCAGUCUGUUUUUAUGUCUGUCUAUAUUCCUUCCUACUCACCCUUUGAUCGCCGCCAUUUUCAUAUAAUUUCUUUAUUUGCGGGUAAAAUACCGGGCGAUUAGCUAUAAACUAUUUUAUCCAUAUAGAUCUAUUAAAGUUAGCAAGUAAAUAGGUACAUUAGAGUGAACUAUUACAACGUAACUGCCUUAACUAUUGUGUUAUCUAUUCUUACUGUAAAAUAUGAAAGGGAAAAUAUAUAAAGUCGUUAGAUAAGAUUAGCAUUUCUGGAGGAAUCAAAUUGAAUAAGUUGUAUGAUUUUAUUAAAUAUAGAAAUUCAUAUUUAUAAAAGUAA